AUGAGUUUGAAGUUAGUAUUGGCGUGGUUAUGUUUUGUUUUGAUGAGAUUUGGUGUGGUAUUGGGUGGUACUAUAGUUCUCAGUGCUAGCUCUGAUGAAAUUAGGUUAGCAUCAAUUAGCAAACUCUGGUUUGAUACGAUCUAUGAAUUGUUAGGAAACAUUCCAUAUGUAGGAAAGGAUGAAUUUCAUUUAUCUGGCCUAGAUAGCUUCAAUAGCGAAAUGCCACAACACCAAAUACACAUUAUGAGGGAAAGAAUGACUACAUGUUUGGAAUGGAUGCGUAUAAUGGUUCAACCUUUGAUAGGAAACCGGUUGAUAGAAUCUCGCAAUCCAGAUGGCACCAUAGGCUGGAUUCUUGAGAUGAAUUCAAAGAAGGAUCGAAUGCGAAUGGUAGAAGACAUGCAGGUAUAUGAACUAAUAGACUAUUUGUCUACUGUGACAAAAAUACCAGGCGUAUAUAAAGUUGGCAUCAUAUAUUUCGAUCAGACACUAAAACUAGGAACUAACGGCCUUUAUAUUCCCCCAACUCCCAAGCCAACUAGUACUAAGCCAAAUGAGGAAUCGAUAAUCUACAAACAGUGUCAAGAAGACCUACAACCCCUGAAAAAGAUCACUAGUCCGGAUCUGAUAAGGAUUGUCGGAGAGACAAAGGAAAAUGAGAUGCUAGACCAACUUGAGCUGCUAUUGUUUCUAUUGCGGAUUACGGAUGUUCCUACAAUCGAAAUAGACUGGACGGACGUGAGUACGGCCCCGCUUGAUGUGAAAUUAAUAGAUAGGUUUAAGCCUUUACUGGAGAACAUCCCCGCGGAGCUGAAAAAGAAAGAACUUGUUAUUAAGAUCGCUACUUUAUGUAAUCAUGUGUUUUGGGGCGCUUUCAGUGAGUUUAUCAGAGAAGACUACGAGAUUAACCCAGUAUGUAAAAUCUUAUCCAGUGCUGCCGCCUAA